AUCGAAAUGCUUGAUUGCUUGUAGGCUGCAGCUGAUGUGCGCCCCAUGAGGUUCCGUCAUGGGACCGCCGCCGGUUUCUUUCACGUUGACUAACCUGCACCUAAAGGCUCAGGCUAGCUUCUCCCCUGGAAGCAGAUCACGCAAACUGAAAAAACCCUCUCACUGAACUAACGGUAACGGGAACCAAAUGGGAAGACGAAUAGUUAGUCCCCCUCCAUCUUCUCUGGCUCAUCCUUUUCCAUCUGAGAAGCCCGCACGACCCUUCAAAAAUCUCCACAGGACUUUGUUUUGAUGAAAAGUUUAUCAAUUGCAGCUGGUUAGCUGAUUUGGGUAUUGAAGAAUAUUGACUUUCAGUGGGCUUUCAUACGGUGGGCAGCUUCCGAGGUAUUGGAGUUCGACUCUUCUCGGCAGCUUAUGUUGGUUAUAUUAUUGAAUUUGUGAAAUCUAAGAUUUGGGUUGCUGCUGGUUUGAACAAUUGAACCAAAAGAAUGGGUGAUUCUGCUGUUGAUGACAUGGAUGCCACAGAUCCAGAGGCAGAUAAAAUUUACAUACAUGAAGGGGUCUCACCUCAUGGAAAAGGCAUCCAAGAGACACAAAACAUGAUGGAAGUUUUAAUGAGAUUGGACUUGGAGUUGGCAUAUUCUUCUGAGAAGUUGGUUAACUUAGACAUGCUUUUGCUCCACAUGUUGGCUUCAAAAGAAGAUGAUGGACCAAUGACAAUGGAGUACAACUAUGUUUUGGGACACUCUGUUGAAGUGGCUUUGGCAUUUGAUCUCUUGUCUGGCAUUAUAGAUUCUGAGGUCAGAGAACUGGGAAAUUUCGUGGAUUCUCUCCAAACUGAGAUUGUUGAUGCUUGUCAGAAAAUGUCAUCAUGUGAACAUUUGAGAGAAUUGGUCUGUGUAGUGAAAGAGAAGUUGCAUGAUUCUGAAGAAUAUUUGAAGCUGUGUCAAGAGAAGGUCUUAGAGAUGAAGAUGCAAUCAGACAACAUGCAGAGAGCAUUAUUAGCUUCUCAACAUGAAAAUUGGGAAAAUGAUAUGAGUACCGAAUACUCAGAAAAUGGUCAGUUCCCAGAGGGAAAUGCAAAGUCAAAAAUGCAGAUGGUCAAACAACAACGAUACAUUCUGAGGAUGCUUGAGAAAUCUAUAGCUAGAGAGCUGAAUCUUGAGAAGAGGAUAUCUGAAUUAAAACAGAAUGAAGAAGAGCUGGGAAAAAAGCUACACUUGACAGAACAGGUAGCUUUUGGCAUGGAAGAAGCAGCAAAAGUUGUUUGGGGGAGGUUUUUAGAAGCAGAAAAUGCUGCUGAGGUGUUGAUGGGAAUUUCGAAGGAAUUGAUGUGCCGGCUUCAGAUAGUUCAAUUCAAUUUAAAUGGUUCAACUCAAAGAGAAGGUGAGCUGAACUCCAGACUUCAAGAUUGCAUUGAACAGCUAAAAGCCAGAGAGGCAGCUUUACUUCAUCUUGCAACUAGCAAUGAAGAACCUACUGCCAAUUCUAAGGACAGCCUCAAUGAAGCUGAAGACAAUUGUAUAAUUGAUAAGACUGAAUUGUUUACUUUAAGAGAAAAAGUAAAAUUACUUGAAGAACAGCUGAAAGAAACUAGGGUACAGCUGAAGAGUGCAGAUGCUUCCAAGAACUUGUAUCUAGAGCAACUUAAUGAAGCAGAAAAUAUAAUGGAGACAUUGAAAGAAAGCAUUUCUAAAGCAGAAAGGAGGGCUGAAACUGCAGAAGCCAGGGUUUCAGUUUUGACAGAGACAAAUUUGGAGCUUACUGAAGAGCUGGGUUUUCUUAAAGGUAGUGACAGUAAUGCAGAGAAAGUGACCUUGCUUGAGAAGAAGUUGAGGGAAUUGGAAAUCCAACUGCAGCAUGCAAAGGCAUCCUUUGAAGCAAGUCAAGAACAGCAGAACAUGUUGUAUUCUGCAAUUUGGGAUAUGGAAAUGUUAAUUGCGGAUCUAAAAUCAAAGGCUUCAAAAGCUGAAACUAAGACUGAGAUUGCAGAGGAGCAAAGUGUUAUAUUAUCUGAAAAUAAUUUAGAGCUCAAUAAAGAAGUAAAAUUUCUAAAGGAUAGAGUAGAAUUCUUGGAGAAAUCUUUGUGCGAAACUAAUGAUGUAAAAGUAGCAUGUGCAAAAGAGAUACAUGCCAGAACAAAGCUUAUGAUGGAUAUGGUGACACAACUUACUGUUGAAAGGGUGCGCAUGCAGAGUCAGUUACAUUCCAUAAUGAAGGAGAGAAAAAAUUUGGCAGAGAACUUAUGUGAGACUAGAAAGGAUGCCUCUGUAAUUAUUCAUGAAAAUGUAGAUGACAACAACAAAGGUUUUCUGUUUCCUAAGGAGGAUUCAACCAUUGCUGAUUGCACCAUAACAUCCAAGGAGGCAGUUGCAGAAUCUUCAUCUAAAGUUCAGGUGGAUAACCAGGCUGAAGAGGGGUCUUCUGUUUCCGCGAAAAAUGCUGAUGGUGUGGUUUCAAAGCUUGAAGCUGUGACAAUGGAAGAUGGACGGCAGCAUAACCUAAUUUAUGUUUUCAAGGCUACUUUUGUCCUAUUGAUUUCAAUUUUGGUGACGUAUUUGUUUACCAAGAAAGCUGAGCUCUUCAAUGUUUUUUGAUGUUGUAACUAAUGUUUUCUUGUCCUGCCAAAUUUUGUAUGUUGCAGUUCAGAUAGGGUAGCUUUCAUGAGUUCCUUUUUAGUUUCUCCAUUAUUUUAUCUUGUUUUAUUUCGACAUUUGAUAUUGGUUGUGUUUGGGAGCAUGGAUUUUAGUCUUUUUUUUGGAUUUAGAUGUGUGUGGAUUUGGACUAAAUACAAUUGUGUUGCAUUUUGUCCAAAACCAAAGUUUGAACUUCAAGGCCCCAAACAUAUGUAUAGCAAAAUGUGAAUAAUGAUACAUUCAGAUAUUGUAUUUAUUUGAUUGUAAAUGAUAAAGAAACUGUGUUUAUACUGA